AUGAUCCCCGAGACAAAGGUGACGAACACGUUCCGCAACCCGAUUGGUGAGAUCCCUUCUUUCAUAAUAUUGGAAUAUAAUAUACAUUCGAAUCCAAAUAUUUGAAAUUCAAAUAUAUCCUUAAAUAGUUUAUGUGUACAUGUGUAUUUUAAUUCAAUUACAUUCUUAGGCAAAAUUAUAAAAUUUUAUUUGAUACAUUGUUAACGCUUGGUUCCACAGGGAGUCGUCAGACGUUGCGUAAAUGUGCAAAAAAUUUUCAUUUCAGAUGUUCUUAGAGAAUCGGUAAUUUUUCGGUGAUCGUGCCGGUAAAUGGGUGCCGCUUGCGUCACCAUGUAUCGACUGGUUAUCGUCUCUUCAGUUAUUUCGGUGCAAUUUUGUACUCGACCUCUAACUCAAUCUGCUGACUGAGGUGAAAUCCAUCUGAGGGCAUACACACAAGGAACUCUCGGCAAUUUUUGAAAGGAUGGACGACGAAGAUGAGAGUUUUAUCUCAAGCAAAGGUCUCCCUAGUUUCUAGGGCAUGCAUGGCCUUUGGAGACAGAUGGUCUCGCCUCCUAACUGCCAGUCGGUGCCAGUGUGUGCGCGUAGAUGAGGAUUUUCCCGCUUGGCCACAAUACACAGCACCACAGGCGUCGCAUGGGAUCUCGCAAUCUACUUCAAUUUAACCAAGAUAUCCAACCCUAUCACUAGGGUGCACAAGCUGGAUAAACGAAUUAAUCGUCGUUUUUGUGUUCCAGCUGCAUUUGGUGCUUAUUCAAGUGUCUUUAAACGUGUUCAGACACAUUCCUAAUGUAUGCAGAAUUCGUCAGGUUUUUGCUUUAUGUACAUAAUUGGAAUUAUCUCAUUCCUCCUCCUUUAACUCUUGUUGCUUUACGUAAUGCGGCACGAAGUUUCUAGGGUAACCGCUUUGGGAAAAUAUUUCAAACGGGUAAGUUAGCUCGGGUCGGCAUGUUUCCGUCGUCAGAAAAACGUCUUUGCUCGGUGAAGCAGAUUGUUCACGCUGCUCCUCUUGUGAGGGAUUGGGUUGUUGCCAUCAAAGUUUAGAAUGACUUUCGCAUGUGUUUCUUUGCGUUGAACGGAUGUGCACAUAGUUGCAUCAGUCUUUUACUGUACGUGAAUAUUUGGAAAUGUGAGUGUAUUGUCCACUCUUUUCUCGACCUUGGCAGUCUUCUGAGUCACGACUUUCAACUCAUAGGGAUAGUUUAAAAGCGCGUCAGGUUGUUUGUAUUGAAGAAAUGCGUUGGAGUUUCGUGGGGACGCGUCGGCCUCACUCCCUCUUCCCUCUUCCACAAACCACCACGUUUUCACUGUAUUUCAUGAUUUGGCUUCUAGGUGACAUUCAAGGUAUGUGAGCACCUGCUAGGUCAUAAUUCAGCAAACCAUGGCCCUUGCAGCCCGGUUUCUUUGGCACCUGGUUCCCUUCCAGCAGAUACGCUUGAGCUCUCGCUGGAUAUACAGGUCGUGAGUAUGGCUGCCCAGUCAUCCUCGUCUUUCUGACUCGUUGUUGUGGUUAAAAUCCUGAUCAAGUGCUUGUUAUGGAGCAGGGGUCCGGGUCCGGCCGUGCCAGCCACCUGCGUCCUCCCCCCGCCUCCGGUCUUUUUGGCUAUAUCUCGAAGCCGGACCGAGGUGAUGAGGAGGAGAGAGUGCAGUAGAUGCUGCGCAAGUCCGUCUUCACUAUAAACUAAUUUACGCGCCUGCUUCACCUUGCGGUGGAGCACAAGGCGGACAUUGUCGGGCAGGACGGUUGGACUGUUGUCAGCUUAAAUACUUGCCUUAUGUACAUAAUUGGAAUUAUCUCAUUCCUCCUCCUUUAACUCUUUUUGCUUCACGUAAUGCGGCACGAAGUUUCUAGGGUAACCUCUUUGAGAAAAUAUUUCAAAUGAGUAAGUUAACUCGGGUCGGCAUGUUUCCGUCGUCAGAACAACGUCUUUGCUCGGUAAAGCAGAUUGUUCACGCUGCUCCUCUUGUGAGGGAUUGGGUUGUUGCCAUCAAAGUUUAGAAUGACUUUCGCAUGUGUUUCUUUGCGUUGAACGGAUGCGCAUAUUGUUCCGUCAGUCUUUUACUGUACGUGAAUAUUUGGAAAUGGGAGUGUAUUGUCCACUUUUUUCUCGCCCUUGGCAGCCUUCUAAGUCACGACUUUCAACUCAUAGGGAUAGUUUAAAAGCGCGUCAGGUUGUUUGUAUUGACGAAAUGCGUUGGAGUUUCGUGGGGACGCGUCGGCCUCACUCCCUCUUCUACAAACCAACACGUUUUCGCUGUAUUUCAUGAUGUGGCUUCUAGGUGGCAUUCAAGGUAUGUGGGGAUCUGCUAGGCCAUAAUUCAGCAAGCAAUGGUCCUCACAGCUUGGUGUACGCUGGCAUUUCUUUGACACCUUGUUUCUUACCGGUAGGUACGCUUGAGCUCUCGCUGGGUAUACAAGUCGUGAGUAUGGCUGCCCAGUCAUCCUCGUCUUUCUGACUCGUUGUUGGGGUUAAAAUCCUGAUCAAGUGCUUGUUGUGGAGCAGGGGAUGUGGUGGUACGCCCAGGUGCGGGUCCGGCCGUGCCAGCCACCUGCGUCCUCCCCCCGCCUCUGGUCUUUUUGGCUAUAUCUCGAAGCCGGACCGGGGUGAUGAAGAGGAGAAAGUGCGAUAGAUGCUUCGCAAGUCCGUCUUCACUAUAAACUAAUUUACGCGCCUGCUUCACCUUGCGGUGUAGCACAAGGCGGACAUUGUCGGGCAGGACGGUUGGACUGUUGUCAGCUUAAAUACUUGCCACACUUAACCUGAUGGUGAUAUUGUACGCCAUUGAUGACUCCUUCAUCGGCAACAAAGCAUUGACAUCGGUUUUGAUAGAACUUGUCCAAAAAUCUUGCAUAUGGAACAUUCAGUCAGGGCGAUAGAAGAUGUAGAAAUAGUUAAGAAGGCCAAUUGCCAAAAAAUAGUGAUUUUUCGGGAGGCGGGUUCCUAAUUUCAUUCAAAAAUGAGGGCUUUCUCGCUGAAUAUUCUUCGUGUUGCAUACCAUUUGAAAUUGUAAUCAGGAUCUGUGUAAAGAGUCGAUGGCUCCGAAGAAAUUCAUGGGUCAUUGAGCGUCAAGUCGCAUGUUCUGCUAUUGAUCCAGAGGCCCGCUGUCCUGUUAGUGGUGGUCUGGAAUAUUCACUAUCGCAAGCAGGUGCGUUCACAGCUCAAGUUAUGGGACAGUUUCGUCCCUGCAUAUAUUGCAUUCUGCCAUGCGACUACUUGCCAGGGACCAGUAUUGAGCUGAAGACGAGCCCGUUCCCUACUGCGGUCAGCGAACAUCCUCCCAUCACUGUUAAUAUUUCCGAUCACAACCGACAGUGCAGUGAGCUCGCGGCUCAGUGAAAGAACGUUGAACUUGACGCUCAUUGACCGGGUUCGAAUCCCAGGUCCCGUAGGCCUGGGCUCCGGUAUGUCCGGCCGGCGAUAGCUCGUGAGCCUGAAGCUACCAUUCCGGUCUGGUCUUUCUUUGUCAGAACCCCCUCGCCGCAUGUACUGCUGGUCCCUUUACCAGUGAGGACGUUAGGUUGAACCCCAUGGCGCUACGAUCGGUGAACGUUCCUGUGCACAUUAGCAACAACAUUUUGCCCGGAGGAGGAGGAGGAGGAAGAAGCAAGCGAGAUUGCGGGUGGGUCUUUAGACUACACAGAAGCACGACAUUUGAGACUAUUCUGCAUGCGGCUUUCUUCAGACUGCCAACGCCCGUAAUUAUUUCGUCUACAGCCCAGGAUGAUGACGUAAGUCUGCAGGUAAAAUUACCAGCGCACAUUCAUUCCAGACUGACUAAUUCCGUCGUGUUUCAACAGGUACGUUCGAGUUUUCUGUUCAUGUUUAUGCAGGUUGGGUGUGCCGUGUUCACGUGAGUGUGAAUGGCAAAUGUCCGCGUCUGGGUGUAGACCUGUCUAACUCCCAAGCCAGUUACUGAGCAGAAAACAGCCAUUCCCAACGUCCCCCCCCCCUCUCUGAUUCCGAAACCAGACGGACCGCUAUUUUCGAAAUGCCGUGCAUGCUUUGUAAAUCCAUUCAGCUGCUUUAAAUAAGAUAGAAUCAUACGAAAUGAAAAGUUGACAAAAAAGCCUGCAGAAACCCCGUCGUCGCAUCUUUGGGGGAACUUCAUUAGCAAAACUAGAGACGUCGAGAAAAUGGAGUGAGACCGUAGAGACUCUGGACUUUUCCGCUGUCAUAUUUCACGUUUAAAUAUGUGCCAUGAAUUUCCGUUGCGUGAGUCAUGAAGUGAUUGUGUCAUGACUUUUAAGCCCGCAGUCUAUUAGCAAACAGAGCAAUCGUCCACCCCUCCAUACUCUGUUUUAAGCAUUUUACGCUGGUGUACACCGUCUCUAGUAACAGCAAUAGUGAUACAAAUUGCCGAGUAGGUAUCACGCCGGUCACCGGUACAGCUGAUGAAGUUGCAUCAUUUCAUUUCGACCCAACAUCGGUGGGAUUAUUUGAAUUAUUUGGAAUCUGUCAGAACACCUAGAAAUUGCAUCAGUCAAUAACCGGAUGUGCACCAAUGAACCACAGUUAAACCAAGCACGGACAUCUGUGAAGCUACUAAUUUUAGUAGGUGUGUGUGGCUCGCAACGACUGAUCUCUCUCUCUCUCGCUUGGUCCGAUACCUUCAGCUGUUGCUGUUUUAAAUGCUGGGUUCGAGGGUGAACUCAAAAUGCCAGACGAAGAAAUUCUUGUUUCAGUGACUUAGCCUCCAUCUUCGCAUUUACUUACUCAUAUACUGGACGAGAUUAGUCGUUUGCGGCUCAAUUGAGUCCAUGUUACGUGCUCACCUCAUAUAAUCUGACAAGCUUCGAUUGCCAUCGGUCGCCGCAGCGUAGGUGUGUACUUUUGUACACCUGCUCCGAGGUCCUCAGGACCUGAGAAGCGUUCAAGGCCAGAAUCAGCCGCCUCCCAGCAAAUCUCCAGAUGGCUUCCUCGAAGGCACCGCCAGUCGAACGCUUACGUACCAAACAACAGCCGGACGAUUUCGCCUUCGGGUCGGUACAGCAUACGGUUCAGCUAUCUUACUGGGUGAGAAAGGAAGACAAUCUUGACGGGUUUUCUUUGCGGACGAGCUCCACGGGCGUUCGCUGGUGAUGAAAUCAAGAAGACGAAUUCAAAUAACGGGAAGCAAGCACCACUGAUGGAAGAAUAUUAGGCAAGUGGUAGAUUUGGAACGCAAAAGUCGUGUCUUACAUCCUUGAAGAAGAAAUAUCCUGACGGAUACCGUGAAAACUAAGGAAUCAGUGUUCUGACUAACAUCACAUUAAUUUCAUAGGUUUCGGCAUAGGUUGAUCCAGUAUUUGAUCGCAUCGUUAGCUUGCCGUAUUGAUAGUAGAUUAGACACAGGGCGUCGUAAGCGGUCAGUUAGCCCAAAGGUUUUACCGUCUUUUGGUUGUUUGGAUUUUUUUGACCGUCUGCCUUCGCGCCGGCCUGGUACACGGGAAUCUGCGGAGGAGCUCUCCGAUCUUGCAGCUUCAACGUAGGUCAGAUCCACGUUGCAAUUGACACGAUCUAAUUUAACAUGGAGGUGGUCGGCCAGUGCCUGUUGAAAAACCGAGCCUCACGCGUUGAUUAGAGAACACACUUCUGGUGGAUGCUGGAAGUAACAUCGACAAAACCACCCUUCUCACCCUUAGCACAAACUAAACCAGUCGAAGUAACAUCAGUGGCGUUCCCGCAUGUAGCAUUAACAACCACUAGGAACCCAAGCGAACUAAGUCAUAAAAAGGAUCAAGAGCAACAAAACUGGCAGGAGUAAGCUGUCUGGAACAGUGGUCGAAGCUGAAAGCCCGUAGACACGAAGAAUAAGGAUUAACUUGCAACAGAUGUGCCAACUCAUGAAAUAUUAAUCAAAAUUCUGAAAUGCGCUUUCGACUCGAAAAGAUUACUUAAGUAGGGUUGUGAUAUUAAUCCCCUCGCGCCAUAAUCCCAUAAUAAUGCAGUCACUUCAGGAUACCAGCUUUUGAAAAAACCUCUUUUUGGCCGUCAGCUAAAGCAAUACUCCGCAAAAAAUGACUGUUUAUGUGGCAUGAAUUUUUCUCAUUGAUUUUCGACGCUCUAAUAAAUUUAAACAUAUCUCAUAGAAAACAUGCAUAAAAUAUUCAUUCCUCUACUCAUUUGAUAAAAAUUAACGUCUUCUUCAAGUAUGAUAUCUGAAUAAAGUAUAUAAUUCGGUUUUAAAGAGCUUUUCCACUUCCCGAAUAAUUUUGAACCCGACCUGUCGCUACAACUGCAUUCAGGGUUUCCAAACUACAAACUGUAUAUUUUGCAUGUACGAAAAACCAUUCAUUUCUCUACGGUAUUAAGAGGAGACCAUACGGGAUUCAUAAAAUUUAGCAGUGGAGUUGAGCCAUAUUGUAAAGUUUACGAGCAACAUUAGUAAAUGCAGAGUCACGAGGUCUUAUGAACGGGCAUUGCACGGUCUUAAAAAAUCCCAUUAUUGGAAAAUUUUUAAAACAGAAUUAUACCCGUCCCUCAAGUUUAAAAUUUGCAGAAGACGUAGUUUUCUACCAAAUGAGUGAAAUAGUGAAUUUUUAUGCAUGCUGAGAAACACUUAAAUUUAUAAGUGUAUCUAAAAUCAAUUAGAAUACUUUAUGCUACGUAAGUAGUCAUUUUUGGCAGGCGUUCGAAAAGAAAUUCACUCAAAAGCUGGCAUCCUGAAGUAACUGAAUUGUUAGAGGGUUAUUCUGCACGGUGAUUAGUAUUACAACCCUCCUUAAUUAUUCUUUAUGACUCGAAAACGCACUUCAGAAUGUUGGUUAACGUCUUAUGCUUUACCACACCUACUGUAUUCCCAUUCUGCCAGGAGAGUCCCUGAUUCCUUCUUAUCCGCAAAUUGUGGAAGCGACUGAGAUCGGGCGAUUGCGGAGUCCUCAGUACAGUUUUCAGGAAACCCAUGCCGACUACUCCUUACGCGAUUUCUUUUCGCCCUUCACGAAGAUCUGCCAGGUUGGCUCAAGUCAUAGACAGACCCUAGCUACUACGGCCACCAGGCCACCCAAAUGACAAGAAGAGAAGUUGGAUGCCCGUUAAGAGAGAAUUAUAUUGUAUGCAGAAUUAAUAAGGAGCAAGUUGGCUGUCGGACGAGACUACAAGUUCGCCGAGGUCAGGGUAGGCAUCCGGGUGCCACUGGGGUGGUGACUGAGCCCCUCAAGUGAGAGCAUGUUGAUCGGCCGACUUGGAUAAUUACGAUUGGCCGGGAGCCAGAUUGUCAUUGGUAUAUACGUGAAAGCACGGGUAAGAGGCGCAUUGUUGAAGUAGGCGCCCGGAGUGUGGUCACCACGGACGCGUGGGAUGACGUCAUUCUUGGCUCGGUCGUUGGGGAGUUGAAUUCUUAAUGAAAAGGUCGCGGGAUCGAGCCUAAGCCGUUCCACACUUCGGGGUUUGGUGUGGUUGGCUAACGACGGCUAAUAAACCGCAAAUUGUCAUUUCGGUCUCCCUUGUCUUUCGGCCGAUAUCACGCGCCGCUAUGUGGCUGCUGGCGGGACUCAGGAGAGAGCCCCAAGGCACAAAGAAACGAAAUCCCAAAUUGCAAUUAGCGACUCGGACGCGGACUGACGAGUAGGCAUCGCCUUAAUUACGACCCUCAGCGGUGAUCACGAGAGCUGUUAAUUAUAGUACGCAUGUAGCCCCACGGCAGAUACGUACUAUAAAUACUGCAGCCUUUGUGCCUCCACUACCUUUAUCUACAACCGUCUCUGGAGAGGUGUUCGAGUGAGAAUGCGAAAUGUCAGGCCAAUAAACUUCUUGUUCCUGUGAUCGUAUCUUCUUCUGAACAGCUUCCUGCAACUCGCCUGUUCGCUUCUGUCUGCAAUGGCGGAUUGUUGCACUAGGUGCACGCCUGCAGCAGACGUAAACCGAUGUCGUUGAACUGUCGACGUCUUGCCGACCUAACACACCCUCCCGUUUGUCAUUGGCUUAUACGUAGGCGAAUGGUAAAAAUAAUUGGAAACAUUCGGUAUGUUCGCAUUACAAAAAGUCUUUGAUGUUGUGGCACAUUUUCAUUGUAGCUUUAGAGGAUUAUGGCUGCGACGAAUUUCUACCUGCAGGGUGAGAGUUGCGUAACUACGGAACGACAGGAGAUUCCCCACGGACGACAAGGCGACUGUCUCAGAAUGCUGUUUUUGAUUAGGAAAGUGACUCUGACGCUUCGGUAUUUUACCGCAGGACAUCUAGGUCGGGAGAAUUUUGCCUCCCACACACCCAUUCCCGUUUUCUUUGGUCGCAGAAGCGGGUCCAACUUGUAUUGCCCAAAUCUGCCGACGCCCUGCAGGUUUUCAUGUGCAACGGCCAUUCUAGACUUCCAGCAUGUGUAGGGUCAGCUUGGUAUGCAGAAUGCUAGUAGACGCGAAUAGGACCGUUUUUGUAUUUGGUUUCGUUACCGCAUAUUCCACUUGCUUAUGUCAUUAUCAACCAAAAUAUGGUGUGAUUACCAAUGCAUUUCAGGCAAGUUUUGCAGACUUUUCUUGUAGAGAGGAAUCAGGGAAUGCUGUGCUGUAUACGACUGUUGACCUUCGGAGGGGAGUACGAACUUUCGCAUGGGUCAGGAUUUUCAUUGGGGAAAGACGGUCCUAAUUAGCUUUGCCGCUUUCGAAAUUACACUUUGUCCUCUCCGUUGGUCGUUUGUUGUGGGAGAAGGGUAGAGAUUGCUGAACAGAUUUUCGCAAACAGGCCGCAACACACCACUUUGCAAGCCCUCCAAAUUCUCACUUCAUUAAUCGCCUGACCAGCGAAGUUUAUUUGCGAGAAAGCAUUUCGGAGGUUUUUGUUUCUGUGCUUUUAUUGCAAAAAAGUCACGCAGGAUGUAACGCUUAAUAGAGAUAAGGGAUAGACUGGUCGGUGCUUUCUAAAACAGCAUUUCGAGCUGGAAUAGAACUCGAAGCCGCAAAUUUCGGAACCUGAAUCAAAUUCAAAGUUCGAGCUUCAGAAUUCAUCCAAACAGGGGUUUUUACAAUCCUAGGAAAUCGCUCUCACAUACCUGUGACUACACCUACCAGUCCUUUUCUGUGGGGAGUGAGAGUUUGAUGGUAGCACAGUGGACUGUAAAAAUAGUUUAUGAACAGAAAAACCGCGAACAAAAAAUUUUGUCGUAAGGACCAAAUUACAACGGCGUUUUCUAAUGUCCCGCCUGGCUAAAUUCUACACCCGCCUUUGGGGUGUAAGACCCGAUAGGGGCAGGAUUGUUCUAAUGAGGCAGAAAGAGAACAGACUGAAAGAAGAGACUGGAAGGGUAAAGAUUAGCACCGGAGGUGUCUAUUCUUGAUGUUUUGACGCUGAGUGCGGUGAAGCAUCUUCAAACUCGAAAUAAAAGCCAGUGGAUUUUGUUCCUCCAAAGCCUCAGCUGUAGUUUCCGAGUGUUUGCUCGUUCCCUUCCGACCAACAAAACCGUGUGCACCGCCUGACAUUUCUUUUUGAUUGCUUUUUCCUUCUCUAUGUAUCCUAUAAUGCGUUGUUUCCCUCUUCAGACGUUCUCUAUUAGUCAAGUUUAUAUCCGUCCGUUGAGGUACAUUUUGACUGUGCGAUGCCAAGGAAAUUGAAAACUAACCCUUUAAGAGAUAAGCAACAAACCGUUUCGCCGCCCAGAGUCAUCAAGCCAAUGGUCACUGCGCGUAAGCCGAUUUUCCCUAUACUGCAACCGGGCGAUCUACCCACUAUAGGAUGUCUUUAAGUAAAGUAGUGUAGUGGGGUAAGUAAAUGCAUUGUUUUCCGUUAUGAACGUUUACUGUCUAAUAUAGUACACAAGUGAAUGCACAUACUAAGUAUUACGUUUUACAAGUUAACUUCUGGAGGUUUUAUGACUGCUCUAUUGUAGGCAGCCACCCGCCGUCUCGAAGACAUUCUUAAAUCCGUCCUCUAGUCUACGCCGGCCGGACUAUUUGGUUGCAUUCCAUUCGUUAAAAACGUCUCAAGUGUAAUUGAUUGAAUUGCAGACGAUAGAAGUCCUACCAAAGAUUGGAACCCAUUCUUAGGGGCAUGUCAAUAUCGAUGGGAUAAUGUGUGGAUAUCGAUAUGUCGAAAUACAUAUGCCACCCGGAUAUCAACUUUGGCAACUUUUUUGAUAUACCCCUGAUAUUGAUAUGUCGAGAUUAAGCGACCUAUGCGAAAAGUCGAUGCACUAAUCAAAUCAGGCAAAUAUCAAAUGUACGCUACUUCCCUCUAGUUAAGGCGCUCAUGCUUUACUUCCGAGACCCUUUAGUCAUGUAACUUCUUCUACCGUGUAUAAGCGGUGCCGAGUACUUCAGCCCAAACCGAACCCGCAUUUGCCGUGAAGAAAAGCGAGAGGCAUUUUGCGAGUUGUUUAUGAAUAAUAAAUAUUUGAUUAAAAAAGCUUACAAGAAUAGAAGCCCUUAGCGGAACAGUCCAUAUAUUCUAAGUGACGUUUCAAGUAUUGCUGUUAAUGUUGACGGCCCGGCCACAUGUUUUAAAAGUUAGAUGGUAGUAAAAUACGUGUGCAUUUGGCUAACCGUUCACUUCCGAGGCUGUCUUACGUUCGUAAGGACUUUCAUCUGCGGCGCCAACUUACCGCAUUGGAUGUUUGCUAAAAUAAAUCUCCAGUUCAUAGCUGUUGGCACGCUCCCCGCUGUUCCGCCUAUGGUAAAUAUCUGCGCGGGGUAUUUUUAGUAGGAUAUGCGGCAACCCACACAAAAUUUAAACUUCGUGCGGCAAUAUUAUUUUCAAAUUCCUCCUUAAUAGCAAUGCCAUUAAAAUAAGACUUGAAUCGGAUUCGAAUUUAGUUCUAGGUUUCGACCAGUCGGACUCGAAUCAGAUGUCGAAAUUAGGAAACAUGUUUUUCUAUCUAACCGACAAUCUACAUGUUUUGUUUAUAAGCGACCUUCAAAAUCAACCACCCGAUUGCCUACUUUAACAACCAAAUACAGUGGUAGUUUAUAUUGAUUUCGGACUUUGAAGAAUGUAGGCGUUUUCGUAGACACAAACAAAUGUAACGAAAAUGCAGAAUGGAAAAAAAGUACAAGGUGAUCAUUCACUUACGGAUUAAAAAGCCAAAUUUAUUACUUAGACCUGGCAAGUCUCCAAACGAGGCAUGAAAGCACAUUUCUGAAAAGCCGAAUUAAUUCAAAAAUAGUUAUAUUUUUCAAUUUUAAAAUGUAUUGUUUUACUCAACUGGAAAUCCGAAACGCAUUUUAAUCCCGGGGGAGUACUUUGUAUUGAGAGGGAAAUAUACAACAGCAUCAUAGCGCUCUUGCUUCAAAUAUACGGCUUGCAUUAAUAGUAAUUAUCGAAUAGCAAUAGUCAUUCCUAUGGCGUAAUUUAAGAAAGAGUAUGCUUUCUAAAAAAAUAUGUUUGAAUUCGCAGGUAUAUAUACCAGGGAAUUCAUAGCAUUUAGUCGCCCAGGGCUAGACAUUUGCCAGCCUGUUUGACUUGCAGGCUAGUAAUCUGACUGGUUGACAGUGCUCGAUCUGUGCGAGCAAAGUAGCUUUUCUGCUACGCCCCCUCCUUGAUGCUCACUCGAGUGCAUUUUGCAGGUCACGCCUGGGGUUCCCUUUGUGCGUACGCACGCAUGCAGGGCGCACGCACCCACUUUUUUCCCGAAUUUAGGCCCCUAUCUGGUGAAUUAAAUCGCCUCAAGCGACUAGACCCUAAACUCACCCGAGAAGGCGCAUCAACCUACUGUCCCCGUGUGGACGAUGUCCGUUAGGAUUGCUGAAAAAAAUCCAGUCACUUGCAACACUAGCCCGCGACUGGGCCAGCCCUGGGUGAGUAGAAUGCUAUCAGGGUAGCUUUGUAUAUAUACAACCACACACCCCAGUUAGUUGUUUACGAGCAUCAAGGGAUGAUGUAGACAGUUGCAGGCAGAUUCACUAACCUCUUUUUUCCUGCGUGGUUGUAGGUAAAUUAAUGGAGUCCACUGAUUAAGAAAACGCUCGCCUUUAACGCGGCCUUUAACUCAUAAAGGUCUACACGGCCUUCUUUGUUCCACAAGGCACACACCUCUAUUUAACAAUAUAAGGCUUGCAGAUACGUUAAUUAUCUCGUAUACCUGUGAUCCACACAGGCCCUCCUUAUCUUUUGCCCUUGAAGUUAAUGUGUUCCGUCACAUCGUCAUUAAAAAGGGCGCAAAACACCCUCUUGGCGAAGUCGUCGCUGUCCCUUCCACCAAGACAGAUCAGGAAAUCCAUCUAAAAAUAUGUCGUGACAUUUUUAAAAGCGUACCAGUCGACCUCUGUACUAUGGGUCGCAAAGCCUGCUAUUGACCGCAGUGAACUCGAACUUCGUGCAUAUAGGCCGCCGAAUGGGAUUAGAGGGCAAGGCGGCCGUCGAGUCAUUAGAUGCAUUCUGUCCAUCUUUCGAAAAUGAUCUCAUGAGCUGCAGGCGCUCAUGCACACGCAUGUUACUCUUGACCAACUAUGCCAACUGCCCGCGCAUAAGCUUUUGUUCCUGUGUUUGGCGCUCCAGUUGGUGCAGAAUGGUCGCGAUGCACCGUUUUACCCCUAUGAAUUAAUUUAAACUGUGAGAAUGACCCACCCAACAAUGUCAGGCGGCCGUCUUCCCUGCAGACGUCGGGUCGCCCGUCUAUUCUAAGCGCUGCUUGCUGCAGUAAACUGGACGGUUUUCAAGGCAAGCGCUUAAGUCUCCCCAGAUAAAUCUCGAAAGAGAAAGAAGAAAAACCGCCCAGGGGACCAUGUCUGUAAGUAAGAAAUGCUGUGAAUGCCGUAAUUAUUCCCAGCGAGCCUUUACAGCAUGACACCCAUUGCCCGCACGAACACAGACGAAUCAUACGUCACACAGCAGUAAAUAGCGAUAGGAUGAAGCACACCACUAAUUGGACCAAAAUUUUGGUCCACGUAAGCAGGCCUGUUCCCGGGAAUUACAAUUUGCGGAAAUUAUUCAACCAACCCCUCAGUUACCCGUUGUUUUUGCAUCCUUUUACAUGUAAAUCAAGCCGGUACCUCAUUAUGCCCGUAAUGAGUUAUUUGCAGGGACUGUUGUCCCCUGUGUCAAUAAUUGUUUUAAUCUGCCACAGAGUCAACGGCGUAAGUCAUCAGUGUUCAUAGGAAUUUGCAUGCGUAUAUUGAAGUUUGGGUUUACGCCUUAGCUCUUGGGAAACAGUGUUUUCUGGAAUAAUCUUUCAUUCUUAACCGCGAGUCCAGACCCGGAGCACUUGCAUUUUACACACUAUUGUUGUCCCCUUUUUGUUGUUUGUGUGAAAACCUGCUCCAUCUUACGCGAGCCAGGUGUGUGCAGCACGCUUACCUCCAAGUAGCCUUGUUAUUUCGGUGCUGUCCGAUCUUAAUAAUGAGCGGCGCAGACGAAACCUGAAGCACGCAGCGAGUCUGCUCCUGCCUACCGGACGAGCAUGUAAUCCCAUCUGUAGCGUGUGUAAUUCAUGAGCCUCUUAUGAUCAGUGAGAUUGUCCCAUUUCCGAUGCCUGCACGACUGAUACCCCCGGGUCAGGAUUCACAAGUGAAAGCAGUUCCACUUCGUCGAAUGGGACCUCUGCCUGUCACGUCAGCUCCGGCCAGAGUUCAGCUGUUGUCUUUGUGUCCCCUUCCCACUUUUCCCUGCUGUGGUGGAAAUUGCAAAAACAAAUUCUUACCGGAUGUCUUCGGUCAACUAAUAGUCUGACGUCCUUUUGAAGGCUGGUACACGUACACGGACCAUUCAACUUCGUCCCUAACCGAGUUUAUGCCUGUGGGGAACGCGGUGGACGUUGUCGCCUACGGCGGUCGAACUGUCGUCGUCAUCAUGGCAUACAAACCACGGGCUACAUUCUGUUGUGCGCGACCACAGUAAAAGGUUCCGACCCUCAGCUGGUUCACGAUUUUCCCCGCCAUUAUUAGAGGCACAUGCUCCAGAUCACUAAGCCCUCGAACUCUGACGUCUUCUCUCUGUACCUCUCAUCCUACCAGCAUCUGCACCUGGAGACGCGAUGGUGCUGAACAACACUUUGUUUACAAUACGCCUCAACAGACUGAAGCGUUAUCAAGGACUACUUGCCAGACCUUUGGCUGACAAUCGUCUUAUUCCCCUCGCCCACCCUGUACCCGGCCCAUCCAACUUACUUGUCCUUAGUCGAACUCCUUAACGUAAACCGGGCAGAAGGUGACGCUCUAUUAUACCAGAUGCAACGCCUGUGUGACUGAGUCGUCCUUUUGUCUCGUCGCGGUCAUUGAGUUGUCCCAGUAGCAGUGAAAACGCAAUUCCCGGGAGGUAUGUCAAGAGAACGCCUCCCCUUUAUUUGACACCGAGCUAGUUUAUGUCUGUCGAGAAACCCCGUGCCCCGGUCUACGCCUUAGUCGUUGGGAAGUGUUUUCUGGAAUGAUCUUUCAUUCUUAACCACGGGUCCGGCCCUGGAGCACUUGCUUUUUCUCUUUGUUUUUUGUGUCGUCCCUUUUUCUCGUCGCAGUCAUCGAGUUGUUCCAGUAGCAGUGAAAACGCAAUCCCCGGGUUGCAUGUUAACUGAACGCCUCCCCGUUAUUUGACACCGAGCUAGUUUCUGUCUGUGCACCGAAAAAAGUUAGAUUGCAAGGAACUCUCUUGUGCCCUUUCGUCUACUUCUUUUCCUUUCUACGUCGUUGCCUUGUCAAUUUCUUCUGAUCACUUAUUAAAUGAGCUUUCCACGCAUCUCCCCUACCGUCCGCAUGUUUAAAAAUCUUAAAUGCGCCCGAAGCAUACUUUCCACUCUGUUAUUACCUGACCCGUUGUAGAUCCUUGCAUACCGCCUGUCUUUACCGAUCAAAACAGGGCCGCUCCAACUGUAAGAUCUCCGUCGUCAGUAUGUGUGGGCGAACUGCUUGGUAGGACUGUUUAUCGCUAUCACUACUUGCUUUAGUGCUUUGCACAAGAAGUCGAUUUUGUCUAGAUUAACAACUCUGGGCCACGGGAAAUUUGCCUUUCAUUGGGCAGAUUCUCCUUCACUCGGUGAUUUUGUUUCCUCCUACAACAAGGCUCCGGGAAGUUUGAAGUAAGCUUCUCCGUCUUACUCAUGCAGGCCUUGAAAUCUUCCUUUUCUUUGUAUUUGUUGUCGUUGUCUGUCGUUUAUAUGUCGCGUACUUUGUUGACAAGCUGGAGCCAUUUAAUUGACACCACAGCAGACAGUUAGGAAAUCAGAAAAUUCGAUUCUAGGACGACUGAUCAGUAUUACUGCGGGGACAACUCUAGAGGAUAGGUUAAGUACGGAAGAAUCCUUUACUGAACGAGUCUCGUCGAUUCUGAGGAAAUUCGCUUGCACCAUCGAUCCACUGCAUGCCCCACGAAGUGUGCGCACGAAUUUGUUUAUAGUGAGACAGAGUUGCUCAGUAUCAACCACACUCUCCUUUCCCACGCUCCUUCCUCCGAUGACAAGACAUUGCCAAGAUGUCCGUAGGUGAGUGCGGGCGCAGUAGUCAGCAAUUCUAAACAACCAGUCUACGCGUCCCACACGCGGUCCGGUCCGCAUUUCGUGUACCGGGCUUUUCUAAGGGCGGUUCGGACCUCGCAUCGGUGACGGUGUCAGUGCAGCCUGAUUCGCGGUCCUCAGAGUGGCCGAGUCAUUUGACAGUUGUUGCGAGCAGUCAUCAUGGCCCGUCUGGCGUCAUUUUUCAGGACCUCGCUGCCUCAAAGUCAUUGACCCCUUUCAGCGAGCCAUUCCAGACUCGCUGACCUGAAGCCGCUCGACCGACUUCAGCUCGAACAAGAUUGCGUCCGCACAGAGUCGCAGCUGCCCAUGCGCCACCCCCUUGCAGCCAGCAGCAUAAGGCACUGGGACACUGCCCCUCGGCAAAUGCAACAAACACCUAUUGAAGCCCACUUGAACUUAGCCCACGAGCCUACGAAAACGGCUGCCACGACCGUUUUAAGAACGCUCAGGCAUGACUAGGCGCGGUCAACACCAGCCCUGGCUACGCCAGCGGCCACUACCGCCUGAGAGGACAACUCGGUUUCUGUAUACAAUAAAUCCUUCGUCCUGGUAAAUGCCGUCUUUUCCGUACAACUUGAGAUUUGACCUGAUGAUUGUAGCACUCUGAGUACACACAUAAUCCGCCUGGUCGGUACAGAGCCUUCCAAGCCACGACUCCUGGUGUGUCUUUAUAUGUUCAGUCACGUCAGAUGUGUUAUGAUGAGGAAGGUGCUGAUUUGUCAUAGGGAUAUCAAUGUCGACGAGCCCAAUCACCUAAGAGUCCACACGGAUGACGAAAUCCGGUAGUCAGACGCUGUGCGGCGUGCGAUGAGCCUGGGAGUCGAUAAUCUUGACCGACAUGCAGGAGCAUAGCAACGCCGUACUUCAGCACCUGGCUAGUCGAGUUGUGAUGCACUCGGGAGCUGCCAAUUGUGAAAGGCAUGUAGCGGCCAGGCGACUGUCUCUGAUGAUGGAUUCUAGUGAGAAUCUGAAACGUCAGGCUGAUAAAGCGCUUGUUCCAGCGAUCGUGUCGCCUGUCAAGCAGCCGGUGAUAGAAUUGGGCGCAGUAGUUGGCGCAGCGUGCAAUUUUACAUGUGAGCCGUGUCGCAACAUGCAUGUACAGUACUACCUUCAGACUGCAUUGCCCGAUAAGCUCGUGCCGCGAGGCAAUCCGACUCCCUUAACUGUCCAGUGCAGCCUGUUGCGGGGUCCAUUUUACAAAGUCCCUUGCGGGUCUUGAAAUCGUCAGGUUCUGUGCUGCCAUCCGCGGCCUCUCAGUAGUCCGCAGUUGUUCACAGAAAGACCGAGGGGACCGCUGCUGCUACUGCCACUACUACUACUACUACUACUACUACUACCACUACUGCUACCACUACUACUACUACUACUACUACUACUGCCGCUAUUACCACCACUACUACUACCAUUACCACCACCACUAAUACUACCACUACUACUACUGCCACCACCACUACUACUACUACCACCACUAAUACCACUACUACUACUACUAGUACUACUACCACUACUGCUACCACUACUACUACUACUACUACUACUACGACUACUACUACUAUUACUACUACCACUACUGCUACCACUACUACUACUACUACUACUACUACCACUACUAAUACCACUAUCAUUACUAUUACUGAAUUCGUCGUAACUUUCUUUUACGCGAAGAUUCUAGUUAGUCUUUCUCAGGCUAGCAUCAUUCUUAACCCUGUAGUUGGUGCUGCUCAGGCGUGGUGAACUGUGGGUUGCAAGUAAUUACGAUUAGUACCUGCCAUUGGGCUCAUCACAGUCAAUAUCACUGGCAAACGGCGCUGCAUGCGUGCUGCCAUUUGUUUUGAAAUAUUAACAGGUGCAGGGUGCAGACCCGAGCUUGCGGCGCCGACGCCCCCAGAACGUUUAGCUGAAGUGAUCGCUAACACACCGCGGCCCUGGUUAGAACCUUAAGUAUGAAGUUUAGUGGUGACAACUAGACCAAGAGUGGCCAUUUCGGCCUCACGUCUUUGUUGAUGGUCUCCACAUCGAAAUGCAACGUUAAAGCCUGAUAAACCGGUCGACUACAGCCUCUAGCAAUGUCAAGAUGACCGUAAGCGAGUGCGGGCGCAGUGGUCGUCAAUGCUUAACAACCAGUCCACGCGCGCUACAUAGGAUCUGGUCCGCACUUCGUGUACCGGGCUUCUCUAAGGGCGGUUCGGACCUCAUAUCGGUGACGGUGUCAGUGCAGCCUGGUUCGCGGUCCUGAGAGUCAAUUGACAAUUGUUGCGAGCAGUCAUGGUGGCCUGUCUGGCGUCAUUGUUCAAGACCUCACUGUCUCAAGGUCAUUGAUCCCUUGCAGCGGGCCAUUCCAGGCGCGCUGACCUGAAGCCACUCGACCGACUUCAGCUCGGACACACCUGCGUCCGCACAGAGUCGCAGCUGCCCCCGUGCAACCAGCAGCAUAAGCCACUGGGACACUGCCCACUAGAACUUGGCCCACGAGCCUACGGAAGCGACUGCCCGAUUAACCGAUUGACUACCGCCUCCAGCGCCUGCAUAUAUGCGCCAAAUGCGAUGAUAGCGUUUUGAGUACUAUUGUGCUCGUCGGGCCUUUGUAGGUGGAUCUUGAGUGCCUUAAACCCACAAAAUACAAAUUUCUGGCCUCCGCGUACUACUUUUCGGAUGCGAGCACUAUAAAACACACUCCUCAAUUAUGACUUGUGACCCCUCGCAACAAAGACUGAAGAGGGCUGAUAUGACCCACGCCAAUGCCUCGUUGACUCUCGUGAAAUUUCUAAUCAUUUAAAACUGGUCUCAAACAGCAUGCCGGUCAACGAAAUGACAUUCCAGUCUUCUGCAUCUUCAACCGCUGUUUGAGUCGAAAAAAUCGGCUCUCAGCCCUCCGUAGGCCCUCACGUUCCAGGCCGUGGCUCUGUAUGGAAAUCGACUAGGAUAACAUGUUUCGCAUCCACACUCACCUAUUUUGCUUUCUUUCAGCCCAGUGAUCAUUUCUGCCGCCCAUGGAGCGGAAGAGAAAACCGUGCAGGUCAUGUACUGGGGACUUAUUCCGCCCUUUGUGCCAGACGCUGUCCAACAGGCCUCCAAGCCCUCCCGCUUCUGUACUGCAAACGCCCGAGCCGACACGCUCUUCGAACGUCCUGCCUAUCGAGAAUCCCUGCGUCGUGGCUGGCGCUGCGUAGUCAUCGCGCAAGGGUGAGUGUCUGAGCUUGUGGAGUAGGUAGUCGUUUGGGGCUCUCCCUCUGGUGUACACCGCCAUUUGUUCCCUCAGGUUUUAUGAAUGGAAGACCACGGCGGGCCGGAAGCAGCCCCACUUCAUCUCCGUAGAUGGUAGAUCUCCAGCAGUUGUCUGAAUUCCCACAUAUAUCCAUUCUUAUAGGCGGCAAUGAACAGCUCCUCCUCAUGGCCGGGUUGUUCUCAGUCAGUAAGGCGCGUGAUGUGAGUUACUUAUGCGUAUCUAUGCACACCUGUUGGUAGCUCUUCUCCUACACGAUCAUUACUACGGAUGCAGUGAAUGAAGUCGCCUCUAUCCACAACCGCAUGCCGGUAAGUUUUGGCUACAGUCGGAUCAAUCGUCCCUCCAAGAUCAUAUUUGGAAAUUUAGAUGAUGCAAUGCAGUGGGUUCAUGGUGGUCCUUUGUCCGCGAGUGAGGUGAGUCCUCCUAGCCGCCUUUUUUCAUUUUUUGCCUCUCGUGUCAUUUGGUCCUAUGAAUUCAUCCGCUGUUUUCCAACAUAAAUUUUAAUGGAAUUUAGCUGAUUCCUGAACACCGGGGCGUAGUAACGAACCCAUAUUUCUAAUACACUUAUUCCACCUAUAUUAAGUCGUCACAACCUGCGAGAUCCCAAGAUGAAUUUCAGACGAUGUGAUUGCCUUUCGUGAGGCUAGGUCGCAUAACGCUCCGCCGUUUUUACUUUAGGUGCGUUCUUUCCUUUCCAAAAUGAUUGCAAAGCUCGCCCACAUGAACUUGCUCGUGUAUCCAGUCACUCCAAUGGUCAAUUCCUCAGCAUAUGAUGAUCCAGUAUGUAUCAAACCUCAGGAGCACACGCCCAGCGUCAGGUCAGUGGGCUGGUUCGUUUUUUUUUAACUUACAUCGGGCUCUUACACAUUGGGAGCCGUAAUUUUUCAUUCACUCUAUCCGUUGGAAACCACCGCUACCUGGCCAGACACCAGGAAUUUGCUUGUGACGCAGUUUAUAGCGAAACAGACUUUCGAAGCAUCUAUCUCACCCUCUUUUCCCACACUCACUGCGUUCCAAUGGCACGACUGCGUCAAGACGUGCAGAGUUGGGCGUGAUGGACUGCGGUUGUCACAUUUGCUGGCCCUUGCGCGCACACCAACUAUACCGUAAGAAGAUAGUCGCGACAUCUUUAAAGAGUUGCCUUAGCGAUCACAGUAAGAUGGAGUUUUUACAACUCAACCCUUGGUUCGAAGUAGGAGCAAGUUGUUCUGUCAGUUAGCAACCUUCAGCGGAUUGUAUGAGUCUACAGUCACCAAAAUUGGUCGUUUUGGUCAUGCUAUGUGGCGGAUCUUACUUACUUGUACCUGAUACGGCUGCGAUCACGCCUGAUCUAGCCGGCCUCGACGAUGUCCCAAACUGUACCUCUCCACGCGUGACGAUCCGCGGCAGCAGAUAUGAACAGCUCAACCCAUUCCCUUAGCCAACGACGUAGACCGAAUACCAAAGGUCCAAGAAUCACCUCCAUGUCUUGAUUAACUGGGUCGAGCCAGGUUUUUGAACUGGCCGCCUCAUCGACGCCUCUAGUGGGACAAUGGUGCCGGAUCGAGGGCAGUAACACUGACCUCCCGAGGUGGACGACGAAGAUCAUGCCCGAACCUCAGUCGUCUUUCUUGGAUGGCCUGAGUUAUCCUUACGAUGUUGUCGCAGCGAGCGCGGACUGUCUUAUUUGAGACGAAGUCGCUGAACUUCAUUCGAAGGAUGGUCCUCAAGCAGUGGUGGUCAAAUACCUCCAGUUUUCGCUCGUCCUCCACUUGCAAAGCCCAGCAUUCACAACCGUAGAGAAGGACAGACCGGGCAGAUGCACGGUACACGCGAAUAUUAGUGGCGAUGAAGAGCUCACGUCGGAUCCAUAGGCGUUAGACCAGUCCGACUCCAGUCGUCUGGCGAUUAUUAACUCAGGCCUAGCGGCGAACGUGACUUAAAGCCUGUGUCCAACCCGUGUCACAUACCCGUUUGACCCCUGUCUAGGUCCAGGCCAGUUGUGCAGCCACCUUUGGGGGCUUCUGCUACAUAAGGCACCGAAAGAAAGUCCUGAAGUAUGGAGGUCGUUGUCGCUGCCUUUGCUGUCUUUGCUCUCAGAGAAUGGGAAAAGGCCGUUAAUUUAGUGUGUUGCGUUUAUUUAUUGUGGUAACAACACCAAUAAAUAUAGGUUUGUACUGCCCGCGGAGUUCUCUAAACUCCAGUCAUUCGCGUCUUCGACGUCGGUUCCUGAUUAUGAGGACAAGUAGGAUUUUCGAUUUCUGGUGAUCUUGUUGGCAUCAAACGGACGAUAGGACCCGUUCCGUGUGGAGCAGAGGUAAAUCAAACAAAAGCCUGGUUUUACGUGCAUAGAACUCAGAGGGAAGCAAACCUUGAUAACUGAAUUUCGGGUGCGGCGCUAAUCGGCCUACUGGACCCUUCAAAUCCUUCAAGUUACUGCACAACUGCAUGUGGACUUGGUAAUUUCUCGUUUGACCUAAGCGGUGGCAAAACCAAAUACCUCAGUAUCGGUCACGGUUGGUUAGAUUUCAGUACUCAGCCGUCUCCAGCAGGUCAAUUCUCCUGCAUUCCACUACAUGUUAAGCGGUGAAUUAACCGCUUGGAUAGGGGAGGGGGGAUUUGACUCUGGUUCAACAUAGCGGAAAUUUUACCAGCUCAACGCUGCCAUAGAUUGGGCGGUUGUGAGAUAUUUGUAACAGACUUUAGCCCCAAUUCCUCCAGGAGAAUUUUUGCCAUCAUAUGAAAUCGCGGCAUAUUGUUGGAAGUCGUAGCAUAAAGUACAUUCUAAACAUCCGCUUAUUCUUUUACAGAGGUUAUGCCAUGAACGUUUGGUCGCUGGACAGCUCUACAUUGCUAUUUAUAAGGUUGCUUCAAUUACGGGGGGUCGGGCUGCGCAACACUUGCAUACUUGCACAUUCAGACUCAGCGCCUAUUGAUUUUUGUUUUAAUCGUUUUUGUGUCGCCCAUAAUUUGUCGCAUUGACUGCGGCUGUCACGGGACCCCCUUUGAACUAAUUCAACUAGCAGGUUUAAGAUAAUGCAGUUUUAUAUCAUGCCAUUUCUAUCGCCACUGUGACCGACUGGUGACUCCCAGUAAAACAGAAUUACCUGUCCUUGUCGAUGAUUGACCUUAAGUUCCUCUUUCCACAUUAUUUUAGCACUAAAUUGAAGACGACCCCGUCAAAGACACUGGAUGCCUUCAUGAUCAUCUCGCCGAAGAUCGGUGCCGUCAGAAAGAAGGAGGAGGAGGACUCCUUCAAACCAUCCCCGCCACAGUCGUCUGGUGAAUUGCCUCAUGCCCGCAAGCGAUCCUUCACUGAAGGCAGCUCGAUUUCUCCACCGAAGUACAUGAAGUCCGAACACGAAUAG